AUGAAUUUCCAGGCGUUUCCAAGAAAUGUGGCACACAUCGACAACCUCAAGUUGGACCCAAAGCUACAACCAAAGGACUAUCAUAUCCAUGGAAGCAACAAAGACUCGAAGAUUCUUUUCACGGAGGUCCAAAUAUUGGAAUCGACAGGUCGUCAACCAUACCCAGGCGAUGUUCUAAUCGAAGACGAGAGAAUAACACAUGUCGGAACCGUUCCCGGAAAGGAAGAGCUCAGAUCAGACCCUUGCGUGACGGUGUUCCACAGGCAAGGAAGGACGCUGAUGUCAGGGUUGGGUGACGCUCACGCACAUUUGACCUGGAACGGAGGCGACUUGGCCCGCCUGGGAGACUUGCCAGUAGAGGAGCAUGUACUUUUGACAAUCAAAAGUGCCAAAUGCUUUCUUGACUCGGCAUACACGAUAUACGCAUUCCCUUGGUGCUUGAAUCAGACGGGUCUCAUCCUGAUUUAUAGGUGUUUUGGAGCUGCCGCAGCAAAAGACCGACUUGAUGUUGUUAUCCGAGAGGCCAUAAACUCUGGAGACAUUCCAGGUCCCCGAUACCUAGCCAAUGCAAGAGAAAUCGCGAAACCAGAAGGCGAUCUGGUGGCCUCCAUUACCAGAUUUGCCGAGGGCCCCGAGGAGAUGCAACAGGUUGUUCGCUCAAAUAUCCAGUGCAUUGGGGUUGAUAACGUCAAAAUCAGCAUGUCAGGCGAAGAGAUAACAGGCAACCGCGCGGCAGAAGACUGCUACUUCACCGCUGCAGAAACUGCUGCGUGCGUCGAGGAAGCUCAUCGCCAUGGCAAGAGAGUAUGCGCACAUGCCCGAGCUCGCGACUCAGUGAAGAUGUGCAUCAGUCAAGGGGUGGACGUCAUAUUCCAUGCAUCCCAUGUUGACGACGAAGGCAUGGAAAUGCUGGAGAAGAAGAGACAUACGAGUAUCGUUGCACCGGCGAUCAACUGGCUCGUGGCCACUGCAUAUGAAGCCGAAGCGUUUGGAUAUACGCAGGAAGCUGCUGAAAAGGCGGGAUAUGUGAGAGAGCUUGAUACUGCGGUUGCUGGGCUUCGAGAGAUGCAUCGACGCGGCAUCGUCAUAUUGCCUGGAGGGGACUAUGGCUUUGCGUGGACACCACAUGGCACGUAUGCUCGAGAUCUGGAGCACUUCGUCAACUUUCUCGGAUUUACGCCGCAUGAAAGCAUCAUUGCUGCGACCGCCGGCGUAGCUGCACUCUUCAUGAGGAGUCAUGAAUUGGGCAGAGUUCGGCCAGGAUACCUUGCAGACUGCAUUCUUGUAGAUGGUGAUCCGCUCAAGGACAUUGGUAUUUUGCAGGAACAUAGCCGGCUCAACGUCAUUGUCAUCAAUGGGAAGGUCCACAAGGCCGGACCAUUCGACUGUUAG